AGUGCGGCAUACCAAUGUUGCCAACAGUAUUGUGUUCUUACACCGUGAAAAAAUAGACCGAAUCACGUUUUCAUAAAGUAUUUCAUCUGCAUUUUUAUUUACAUAUCUUAUUACUGGUUACCUAAAUUACAAUUAUUGAGACUCCGAAGUCUUUAUUUACGAAUGUUAACGAUAUACCAACGACACUACGUGAUUAAAUUAUAUUUCAGACAGUCUGUGCGAGAUUGUAGACAUGGUCACGAUAAACGUUAAUCAACAAAGUUGUGCAAAUAAAUGGAUUUCAAAAAUUAUGUUUACAAUAUUUCUAUUGUUGAUACUUUUAAACUUGCCUGCUCUUUGUCAAGCCCACAGUCAUAGUGAAUUACCAAGUUUUAAAUACACCAAAGAGGCUAAUCAAGAAUAUCUAAAAAGUGAACAUUCCUCACACGAUCAUGAAACUCAGGAAAAACGCGAGCAUGGUCAUCAUGCACAUAAGCAUCAACAUAAGCCAAUGUUGCCUGACAAAUCAGAGGAUUAUGUAUUUGUGAAAGCAAUUACAUCCACCUUAAUCAUUUCAGUGGCUCCAUUCUUUAUUUUAUUUUUUGUUCCAUUGGACAAUACAAAAGAACAUGAGCCGCUACUAAAAAUAUUAUUAAGUUUUGCUUCUGGUGGACUAUUAGGAGAUGCAUUUCUACAUUUAAUACCUCAUGCUUUGGUGCCUCAUAGCCAUGAUGAGGAAGAACAUGAUCAUGUUAAUAAUAUGUCUGUUGGUUUAUGUAUAUUAUUAGGUAUUAUUAUGUUUCUGGUUGUGGAAAAAGUAAUAAGACUUAUCAAAACUGACCAUACUCAUGUACAUGUACAUAGCGUCCCAGAAAAUAUGCAGAAAGAAAAGAAAGAUGAUAGCAACUCAAAGAAAAAUACAGUUACAUCUGAUCUAGUUUCUAAGAAAUCUGAAAAUCAUCCUGAGAAUGAAAUAAAAAUUGCUGGAUGUUUAAACCUAGUAGCAGAUUUUUUACACAACUUUACAGAUGGCCUCGCUAUAGGAGCUAGUUACUUAGCUGGUAGCAGUAUUGGCUUUGUUACCACUUUCACGAUUUUAUUACAUGAAAUACCUCAUGAAAUAGGAGAUUUUGCUAUUUUAAUACAAAGUGGUUACAGUAAAAGAAAAGCUAUGAUGCUUCAGCUUAGUACUGCAGUAGGUGCUCUAUUAGGAACUUGUGUAUCAUUGCUUGCAGAAGGCAUGGGUGAUUUUGCAACUAUGUGGAUUCUUCCAUUCACAGCAGGUGGAUUUAUUUAUAUCGCAACAGUAUCUGUAAUUCCAGAACUUUUAACUGAUACUAAAUUUGGGCAAUCUGUAAAAGAAAUCAUUGCGCUUCUCUUAGGUGUAUAUAUGAUGGUACUUAUAGCAGAAUAUGAGUAGAAUUAUAUACCUUCCUUUGUAAAUAUAUUGUGAUCAUUUAAUAAGACUUGAUCUUAACUACUAUAACAAGAAUCUUAAACUAGAACUUAUAUUUUUACAAGGCUGUAAGUGUCUUCAGUGAUGGACUGUAUUCCAGUGAAAAUAGCGUUAUGUUCUAUAUUUGCUGCAAAAGUUAGUGUAUAAAGAUCAAUGAACUAAUAAUAAAAUCCGUAAUUAUAAAAUUCUA